GUUAGCAAUACAAAUUCAGCUCACAAGCGCAAAAUUUCACUAAGAGAAGGAUGGGGUCAAGAGCUUUUAACUUCUUUGCUAGGUUUCUCCGACCAUUAACCGAUGGCGCGAUUCUUGGAAAUCAUUCUCUGGACGAGGUGAGGCAAGCAACACUAUCACUGGGCAAAACUACCGCCCCAAUUGCAGCCACCACACUCCUCAUCUUCUCCAGGUCCAUCAUCUCCAUGCUCUUCCUGAGCCGUCUCGGCAGAACAGAACUGGCCGGUGGUUCGCUGGCGCUAGCAUUCGCAAACAUCACAGGCCACUGUGUUCUCAAGGGCUUGGCCAUGGGGAUGGAACCCAUUUGCUCCCAAGCCUUUGGGGCCAAGAAACCGUCCAUUCUCAUCCAAACCUACCAAAAGACUCUCCUCUGUCUCCUCCUCAUUUGCAUCCCGAUUUUCCUCCUGUGGCUCAACAUAGAACCUCUGUUCCUGAGACUCGGCCAGGACGAAGGCGUGGUGAAAGUUGCCAGAGCUUGCAUGGUUUGCUUCGUUCCCGAAUUGUUUGCUCAAGCUCAUCUUCAGCCUAUGAGGACCUUCCUUAGGACACAAGGUUUGACGACUCCCGUGACAUCGGCUUGCCUGUUCGCAGUUGUCUUACACCUCCCGAUCAACUAUCUUCUUGUGAUUUACAUGGACUUGAGGGCGAAAGGCGUCGCCCUGGCUCUUGCCUGGAGCACAAUCGACACUAACUUGGGUCUGUUGACCUACCUAGUCAUAUCUAGGAAGACCCUAAAACCUUGGCAAGGAAGGGGCAUCUUCCUCCGAAACUUCCGUGAGUGGAGGUGGAGGCCGUUGCUAACCCUAGCAGUGCCGAGCUGCGUCGCUGUGUGCUUGGAGUGGUGGUGGUACGAUAUUCUGCUCUUUCUAUGCAGCUUCCUCAAAAACAACUCCAGAGCUAGCAUCUCUGCAAUGGGGAUCAUGAUCCAAAUAGCAGGUUUAUUCUACACGCUCCCUUUUGCUCUAAGCUCGAGCCUCUCGACUUGCAUUGGCCAUGCACUCGGUGGGGGUCACCCGUGCCGAGCCCGGGUUCUAUCCACUGUAGGAAUCAUGGCAUCAAUUUUUCUCGGUUUCCUCACCUUCAUUUUCAUGAUUACCAUGCGAUCAGCUCUCGGCAGAAUGUACACGAGCGAGCUGGAGAUUCUUAAUAUAGUAUCCGCGGCGCUUCCAAUCUUGGGGUUGUGUGGGCUUGUGGGUGCUCCUCAAACAGCUGUUCAUGGAGUCCUAGCAGGGACUGCUUGCCCGGAUCUGGGAGCGCGUAUAAAGCUAUUUUCGUUCUACUUCAUCGGAAUGCCGAUUGCUAUUCUAUUGGCCUUCAAGUGGGAGUUCGGUUUCAGGGGCCUAUGGUUUGGGCUGCUAGCAUCUCAGAUCUCUUGCGUUUCUAUGAUGGCCUAUACAUUGACGAAUAUGGACUGGAAGCAGCAAGCCGAAAGGGCCGUUGAGCUGACAGAGGCUGCUGGAGACAAGGAUGAUUAAGAAUCUUAAACGAUUCCGAUGGGAUUGACCCUGUAAAUACGGUGUUUCGUGUGUGUUUGUUCCGACAUCUGUAACUUGCUUUGCAUUGUGACCGAAUGUGAUAUUAGUUGCUUUGUGUACGUGCUAAAAACCUUUCAAGAGAUCAUAUGCGAUUCAUAUAAGAUAACAUAGACAGCAUAGAGACUUGUUAGCACUGAACGCUGAGAAAGAUCGACUUUAUAAGGGACAAAAUACAGAACAGAAGAUACGAUUAGCAUACAACCUAAAUGUUGUCCAUAAGGCAACCCUCGGAGUAGUAUCAGCCCAUUGUUCCACACGUAUCAUCUGUUGCCUCAAUAGAUCAACAGGAAUGGCACUACAGGUAUUGACAG